AUGGAGCCACUUCUAUCCCACCGCACGGCCUCACUUGAGCUGGACGAGUAUGUCGAUGGUGAACAUGAUGCCGAGAAACAAAAGCCCCUUGUGUAUGAGACAUGGCUGCAACAAGCCCGCAAGAAGCUUCCCAACUGCCUUAUUGUCGUCUUCACGGCGCUACUGCCAUACUUCAUCACCACUUUAUGGCGGCAGAAUUAUGAACGGCCAUCCCUGCGGCGCACCUCUGCUCUUGAUGGGCUCCGCGGAAUUGCUGCGCUUUGCGUGGUCAAUUACCAUAUUAUCUCGGCCUUUCACAACUUUGUCAACUACGGCUAUGGGCUUACCCCUGAGGAGGCUCAUCGUGAACCUCAUUGCGCCCACAACAACGAGCCCAUUGAGCACAAUCUGCGCCUCCACCAGCUGCCAAUCGUUCGGCUUGUCUAUUCCGGGUCCGCCCCGGUCUGUAUCUUCUUUGUGCUCUCGGGUUUCGUGCUAUCCUAUCGAUCCUGGCAGCUGGUGCGAGCCGGCAAAUUGGAGGCUGUCUUCCCUAGUCUGAGCUCCUCGACCUUCCGCCGCGGGUUCCGCCUCUUUCUGCCCACGACCCUCGCUACGAUGAUCACGAUGAUCUUCAUCCAGACUGGAGCCUGGGAUUAUCCCGCCCAGGUUGCAAUGGAUCAGACCAUUAUUACCGCCGAAAACGAGUACCACCAAGCCCGGCUGCCCACCUUCGGGGCGCAGACCACCCACUGGGCGUCAAUGAUGUGGAACAUGACCAACAUCUUUGCUUGGGAGGAGACCUAUCCCGAGUACGACGUGCAUCUGUGGACCAUCCCGAUGGAAUUCCGGGCCUCGCUCCUGCUGUUCCUCAUUCUCCUGGUGUUGAUCCGGCUCCGCUACCGCUACCGCGUGGCCAUUCUGAUCGGUCUGAUUGCCUACUGCUACGGUCAUGUACGGUGGGUGAUGGUCCUGUUUUUGGCCGGGAGCUUGCUGGCCGAAACCUCCCUCCGCUGGGACGCUGCCCGAGCCCCCGAGACCAUCACUCCCGCCAACACGGGGCUGUGCAUCCUCUUCCUCAGAGCGGUGCUCGUCUUCAUCUCCCUGUAUUUCCUCUCCGCCCCGGACAAAUGCAUUCACCGCACCCCUGGAUACAUGACGCUGGCCAAGAUCCUUCCCUCGUGGGACGUGCGCUUCUACCGCGUCUUCCCCUCGUUGGGGGCCAUUAUCCUGGUCGGUGUAGUCUCGCACAGCACCAAGGAGAUAUUUGGGCUGGAUCAGUUACUCAAUCUAUAUCGUGCAUGGCCCAUUGAUGCAUGGCUUGGGGUAUCGGCUAUUCCCCCUGAUGUGGCGGAUCACGGGGCACGAGGCAACGGGCCCGUAUCUAAUGGGAUUCUUUCUGGCGUGGUCGCUGCUGCUGUUUGUGGUGUUUUGGGUGGCCGAUCGGUUUGCAGUGGCGGUGGAUGA